AUGGUACAACUUGAAUCAUUAGCAAAUGAAUUAUUACUUGAUUUAUUUGAAUUCUUUGAUACUACUCAUCUACUUCAAGCCUUUAUUGGACUAAAUUCUCGUUUUAACAAACUACUUAACUAUCAUUUUCAAGUUCAUCAACUUAAUUUAAAAUCUUUAUCGAAAGAAAUUUUCGAUAAUAUUUCUGAGAAACUUCUUCCAUUAAUUAUUGAUCAAGUUAUUUCACUUCGUCUUUCGUCCGAUGAAACACCUGGUUUACCUGAACUUCUUCUAUCUCGUGGUUUUACUCUCAAUCGAUUUAUUUGUUUACAAUCCUUGUCAUUAUACCGUAUUAAUCAUUUCGAUACAUUAUAUAAAAUAAUAUAUCAAUGUCGAUAUCUUCCUCAUCUUACUCAUCUCAAUAUAGUUAAAUAUGACGAUGAAGAAAGACAAGAAAAUAUUGUCGAUUUGCUGAAUAACAUUUGGAGUUUAUCAACACUUACACAUUGUAAUUUAAAUGGUCUUCAGACAAAUGAAAUACGGUUGUUGAAUAUCUCUAUAAUUUCAUCAUCUAUCGAAUAUCUUUCUAUCGAGAAUAUUCCAUGUAAUUUAAAUUGUUUAUCUCAUCUGUUCAAAUUUACACCUCGUCUUCAACAAUUUUGUACAACUCUAUAUUCUUAUUCUAGAAAUGAUCAUUUAACAAAUAUCAUGCCAUCAAUAGAAUCAAUAAAACUUUAUUUUGGAGGUUCAAUUCAAUCAAUGAAUAAUCUAUUAGAAAAUAUGCCUAAUCUAUCUCGUUUAAUAAUUACAACAUUACAAGUUUAUUUAGAUGGAAAUAUAUGGGAACAACUUAUUUCUACGUAUUUACCUAAGCUUAAAAGAUUUCAUUUAAAAAUGGAAUUAGAAUUUCGAGAGAAUAAUAAUACUAUCGAAGAAACUAUUGAUGAAUUACUUUCAUCAUUUCGAACUCCAUUUUGGCUACAAGAACAUCAAUGGUAUGUUCGAUGUCAUUGGAAUCCAUCAGAUCCAUAUAAAUGGAUUACACUUUAUACAUUACCUUAUAGUUUUGAUACAUUUGAUUAUUCAAAUAAGUCGUGUACUAAAUCAACUUGUUAUGAUGAACAACAAUAUUGGUCAUAUGAUCAUAUAAAUCUUUCAUUUGAUAAUACAUUUUGGUCACGUUUUCCAUCAUUAAAUCAUUUAAAAUCACUUCAUGUAUAUAUUUAUAAAUAUUCUGAUUAUUAUCAAUUACAAACAUUAUUUGAUCAAGCCUCUUGUCUUUAUUCAUUAAAACUUCAAUCAUUUAUUGAUUCAUCUAUAAAAUUAUUUGAAUUAACAACAAGUAAAUCAAUUCGACGAAUUGAUUUAAUUAAUAUUUUAUUUAAUCGAUCAAUAUAUUAUACAAAAGAAGAUUGUUUUACUUUAAUUAAUUCAAUACUUGGAAUUCAAUGUGAAAUUCUUUCAAUUCGUAUUAAACAUCGAAUUAAUAUUCUUGAUCUUAUUCGACAUAUGUCAAAACUUCGAUUGUUAAUUUUUGAAUGUGAAGAUGAUAAAGAAUUUUUUCGAAAUUUUUCAUCUUCAAAAAAUGAACUUGUUCAAUGGUUACAAUAUUAUUUAUCGUCAACACAUAUUAUCACAAGACAUCCAAGACAACCAUCUCUUAUUCGAAUUUGGAUUAAUCGAGAAACAAAAAAAAUACUUCCAUUGAAUAGUGAUAUCUUGAAAAUGAAACAUAGAAAUACACUAUCUUAUGUUUUAACAUCAUUUCGACAAUAUUUUAAUAAGAUACUUGGAAAUUGA